UUCACACUCGAAGGGUUUGAGGAAAUAAUAUCAUUAGAAGAGCAGAAAAUAGAAAUGGAAACCGGUAAAAGCAAGGCAAAAGAAGCGCGUUAUCGAUCCGGUACUAAGCAAACAAGUUAUCAAUACGCUUUAUGCUGUUUCACUUUUGUCAAUUAUUGA